AUGAAAGAAAAAGCCGAAUAAAACCAUAAAAGAGAAGGAGGAGGAGAAGAAGCAGAAGAAACAGAAGAAGGAGAGGAGGAACAUCAACAAAAUGAAAAAACGAAACAAAAUUAAUAAAAGGAUUUUCUCAAAUCAACUUACUAAUAUGUAUUAAAUAAGGACAAUAAUAACAAUUAUUUUAAUCAAAAAAAAAUAAAUCUAGAAAAUCGCUAAAAAACAUUCGCAGAUAGAACCGAUUACAAUACAAAAGCAUACGCAAGAUAAAGGAGAAGAAUAAAUAGAUAAAAAAGGGAUAUCUCCUAAUAAUAAAACUAUCAAUUAAAAUUCAGAGUAAGAGUAGCUUUUGCUGGUUUAGCAGGUUCUAUUAUAGGAGGAGUAUUAGCAAAUGCUUUAUAAGGAAAUUAUAAAUAAAAUAAAAAGCUUAUUUUGGAAGAUUUAUUUUAUGGAGGUUUAUUUGGGAGCGCUUUUGUUGGUUUGAGUAUUAUUUCGACACCAGCUGUUUGGAUAGCCUCCAGUAUAUUAUUAAUAGGCUAAUCUAUCCAUUAAUAUAAUAAUAAAUACUCAAAUAAAGAAUAUAAUGAUUUUAAGCUUUUUGCUAAUUUUGUAUAGACUGGUACUUCUCUAGGAAUUGGAAUUGGAGGAACUUUAUUGGGAUAAAUUCUUAUUCCAAUUCCGGUUUUAGGGGCAGCUUUUGGAGGACUAAUUGGAGGUUUUAUGGGAACAUUAGGGGCUAAUAAAAUAGGUGAAUUAGAAAGAAAAAAAAAGUUCGAAAAAUUAGUCGAGUUUAUUAUUGAAAAAAAUAUGGAAAUGUAUGGUCUUGUUAUAUUAUGA